AUGUUCAUGAUUGUACUCAGUAUAUUCCUGUUUUAUGGGAUUUAUAAAGAGAACGUCGCGUUCUUGGUGCCGUGGGUCGUUGGCUGUAUGACCUUCAUGGCGCUCGAAGUCAUGGCCAUGGUGUACUCCAAUAUUCUUAGAGAUCACGUUAACAAGGAUGGUGAUGAUCUCUAUAUCAUCUAUCAUGAUGACUAUAUGUCACAGUUACAAGAAGUGUCUAUGUAUAUGGUGCGUACUCCGACUAUACCAUCUCUACCGCGCCGGGGUCACAUGGAAAGGCGCGGCCCCUAUCGAGCUGUGACUACUGCAGCCCCUCCAAUCCUCGGAGCCCCAGGUGCGUCAGCCCUGCGAGUCCACGCUCCUCUUAGGAGGGGUGGAAAGUGA